AUGAAGUUAGACGUCGCUAAACAGUUCACGUCGCGCUCAGAAAGGGUCAAAGGCAUUGACUGCCACCCUACCGAGCCUUGGAUCUUGACCACCUUAUACAAUGGUGAGGUGGAGAUUUGGUCUUACGCUACCAACAAACUCGUCAAGUCUAUUCAAGUGACUGAUUUGCCGGUCAGAGCUGGUCGUUUCAUUGCCAGAAAGAACUGGAUUGUUGUUGGAUCCGACGAUUUCAAGGUGCGCGUCUACAACUACAACACUGGCGAAAAGGUGGCAGAGUUCGAGGCACACCCAGACUACAUUAGAAGCAUAGCUGUCCAUGCCACUUUGCCAUAUGUUUUGACUUCUUCGGAUGAUUUCACUGUAAGAUUGUGGAACUGGGACAAGAACUGGCAGUUGGAGCAGAAGUACGAGGGCCAUCAGCACUAUGUCAUGAGCGUUUGUUUCAAUCCAAAGGAUGCAAACACUUUUGCCUCUGCAUGUUUGGACCGCACUGUCAAGGUUUGGUCCCUUGGCUCGACCACCCCAAAUUACUCUUUGGUUGCACAUGAGAGCAAGGGUGUUAACUACGUAGACUACUAUCCUCAAGCAGACAAGCCAUACUUGAUUACUGCCUCCGACGACAAGACCAUCAAGGUCUGGGACUAUCAAACCAAAGCUUGCGUAGCCGUCUUGGAGGGUCACUUGGCCAACGUUUCCUUUGCUAUUUUCCACCCAGAGUUGCCAUUGAUCAUCUCUGGUUCCGAAGAUGGCACUGUUCGUUUCUGGGACUCCAGUACCUUCAAGUUGGUGAAGACCGUCAACUACGGUUUGGACCGUGUGUGGUGUGUGAGCGUUUUGCAAAAGUCCAAUCUUAUUGCCUUGGGUUGCGACGCCGGUUACGUUGGUGUUAAGCUAGGAAACGAAGAGCCAAUGUUCUCCAUGGAUGGCAACGGAAAAUUAAUCUAUGCUAAAAAUUCGGAAGUUUUCCAGACUUUAAUCCGUCCUACCUCCACGGACGGUCUUAAGGAUGGUGAGGUUUUGCCACUUCAACAAAAAGAAUUGGGUACCAUCGAGUUGUAUCCUCAAUCGUUAGCCCACUCUCCAAAUGGUCGUUACGCUGCAGUAUGCGGUGACGGCGAGUAUCUCGUGUACACUGCAUUGGCUUGGAGAGCAAAGUCUUUUGGUAAAGCCCUUGGGUUUGCUUGGAACACACAUGACUUCUCGAAUGCAACAACUUUCGCUGUUAGAGAAUCUAGAAUGUCUGUGAAGAUCUUCAAGAAUUUCAAUGAGCACGUUAGUGUGGAUCUUAUGUACGAAGCAGACAAACUCUACCCUGGCGCGUUGCUUGGUGUCAAGUCUGCUGGUGUCUUGUGCUUCUACGACUGGGAUACCGGUGCUUUAAUCAGAGACAUUGAGGAGGAUGUGCAAGACUGUGUGUGGUCCGAAAACGGUGAGCUUGUAGCCCUUAUGACUUCAUCAGAGGCAGCUGAUGGUUCUGCUGCAAACAAGUCUAAUGAAACCUAUCUUUUGCGUUUCGACAGAAACGUUUUCAAUGAACAUGUUGGUCAAGGAGAAAGUGCAUCCGAUGCUGGCGAAAGCGCCUUUGAUGUGUUGUACACCUUGCCUUCCCCAGAUCCUAUUUUGUCUGCCAAGUUCAUUGGUGAUGUUUUGGUCUACACUACAUCGACGUCCAACAGAUUGAAUUACUUCGUUGGUGGCGAAAUCAUCAACUUGAGCCACUUUGACCACAAACUUUACAUUCUCGGCUACAAGCCCAACGAGGCAAAAUUGUACCUUAUCGACAAAUCCUUCAAUGUUGUUUCAUGGUACAUCAACUCCGCAGUGUUAGAGUUCCAGACUCUUGUCUUGCGCGGAGACCUUGAACAAUUCGCCACAGCCAAAAUCUUCGACGAGGAGUUGAACGAAGAAAUCCCAGACAUCACUACUGUGGGAACCGAGCAAUUGAGUGAGGAAUAUUCGGCAUACAUGUCUAACUUGGGCAAGUCAGAAUUGAACCAGUUAGCUAGAUUUUUCGAAAAAUCUGGUUAUCUGAAAUUAUCCUUUCAACUUUCGCAAGAUUUCGAUUCAAAGUUCCUGAUUGCAUUGACAAUAAGUGACUUGGACUCUCUCUACAGCUUAUUGUCAGACUAUCAAAACGAAAACCCUUCAACGGCAGUGACGAAUGUUCGUAAAUGGAAGAACUUGGGAGACUCGGCAUUGAAGAAGUGGAACAUGAAAAUUGCGGAAGACUGCUACUGGAUGGCAAAGGAUUACUCCACAUUAUUGUUGUUGUUGACCUCGACCUGCAACAAAGAGCUGUUGGCUCGUCUUGCCGAGGCUGCUGAGAGCAGUGGUAGAUACAACAUUGCCUUCCAAGCUUGGUGGUCUAUUCAAAACACCGAAAAGUGUGUCGAGCUUCUAGUCAAGACCGAAAGAUACAGCGAGGCUGCUUUCUUUGGCCGCACAUACGGUAUUUCUUCGACUAAACUCCAUGAUGUCAUUGGCAAAUGGAAAAAUCAAUUGGACACCACUGGAAGGGAGAAAAUUAGCGAGCGGUUGAUUACAGAAUUGACUGGCCUCUCUCUUGAAGAUAGUGUGAAUGCAGAGCCUGAGGUGGGACCGGAUGCUGAACCUGAGGUGAAACCAGAUGCUGAAUCUGAGGCUUUAAUUAAUCUCGAGGAGGAUGACCUUCUUGACUUAGAGGAGCCUGCUGAACUACAGACAGCGGCUUAA